AAUACAACGGGACUGUCUCGUUGUACCCUCACCACUAGAGAACAUAGUCCGUCUAGUCGUUAUGCGUUUAAAAUAAUAUAUAGCAACUUCAUAAAGAGGUAAAAUGUACUUCGUUGCCGGAGAGCUGUGGAGGAUAUUUGCCCCCUUCGUUCCAAGAAACGUGUUGCAGAGGAGGUUUUGUAGCAGUUCUUUAGCAGCUGAAGGGACCAUCUUUGCGCUGUCGUCAGGGCAAGGCAGAUGCGGCGUUGCCGUGAUACGAGUCAGCGGUCCUGACUCUGCACACGCUCUGCGCACUCUGACGGGAAGGACCCGUGACCUCCUGACACCACGCGUUGCUCACCUCUGUAGCAUCCGCCAUCCCCGCUCUCACGAGCUGCUGGACCGAGGCCUGGUCCUGUGGUUCCCAGGUCCUCAUAGCUUUACUGGGGAAGACAGUGCAGAGUUUCACGUACAUGGGGGACCUGCGGUUAUUAGUGGGGUCUUACAAGCUCUUGGAAGUCUCGCAGGUUUAAGGCCAGCUGAAGCUGGAGAGUUUACCCGUCGAGCCUUCCACGCUGGCAAGCUGGACCUUACGGAGGUGGAGGGGCUGGGAGACUUGAUUCAUGCAGAGACAGAGGCCCAGAGGAGGCAGGCACUCCGGCAGAUGGCGGGCGACCUGGGUCGUCUCUACAGCAACUGGAGCCAACAGCUGAAGACAUGCCUGGCGCACGCGGAAGCGUUCAUCGACUUCGGUGAAGAUGAGCUCAUUGAGGAUGGCCUCUUAAAUCAGGUCGACAGCACUGUCUCUCAGCUAAGGGUCGAAAUCCAAAAGCACCUUCACGAUAACCGGAGGGGGGAGAUGCUUCGCAGCGGUGUGCAGUUGGUCCUAGCAGGCGCUACCAAUGCUGGGAAAAGCAGUCUACUCAACAUAAUCUGUCAGCGUCCCGCAGCCAUCGUGUCUCCCGUGGCAGGGACCACCAGAGAUGUUGUGGAGACGCAUGUAGACAUCGGUGGAUUCCCAGUGGUACUGAGUGAUACAGCAGGGCUGAGAGACACGGAGGACAUUGUGGAGAGAGAGGGAGUUCGCAGAGCACGGCUCACGGUGGAGAACGCAGACUUGACACUGGUCAUCAUCGAUUCAGCUCUGCUUCCUCCAGAUCCCCAUGCCGCACCCGACUUCCUCCGUGAUCACCUGAGGAAUACGCUGUCCGCUGACAAGGAUCUGGCCGCUGCACAAAACUGUCUGAUGGUACUUAACAAAAGCGACCUCCUCACAAGAGAGCAGGUCAGCAGCAUUUGCAGAGUACUCAAUCAGACCCCCAGGUUACCCAGCGCCUGCUUUCUGUCCUGCCUAACUGGGCAUGGCUUGGAAGAGUUUCUGACAUUGCUGAGGAGCAAAGUGACUUCUUUAUGCGGAGACCCUUUGGUUGGUAGUCCCAGUCUGACCCAAGCUCGACAUCGGACUCACCUGGAGAAGGCUGUGAAAGCGCUUGGGCAGUAUCAGCAGUAUCGAGAGGUGGACUUGGCAUUGGCGGCGGAGGGCCUUCGGUUGGGCCUCACCAGCCUGGGCAGAAUAACAGGCAGAGUGGACCCUGAGGAGAUUCUGGAUGUAAUUUUCAGAGACUUCUGUAUUGGAAAAUAA